GGAAACCUCCCGCGAGAUGCACGAGUAGAGAAACUACAAGGGAAAAAAACUACAGCUUGUGUUUUUAGCUAGCUAGUGCUAAAAAAAAAACACCGCGUCUCCCUCGUUGUAUUUGCACGUGGAUGCUCCAGUGAGUGUUAGUGGGAAGUUAUCGGUGCCAUGGACCGGGAGUGUGUGUCGCUGCUGCCCCGGGUGUGUGAGGUGCUGCGGGGCUCAGGGUCCUCUCUGCCCGAUGACACCAGCCUGGAGAAGCUGCUGGACUGGUUCACAGGACUCACCGAGGCUGGUGGAUCUGUGCAGGAGACCAUCCCAUGUCUGCUUGAAUUCAUCUCCGCUGUGGUUAACGAAACAUCAUCAGACCCUGGUGUCAUCUCCUUCACUCUCAAGCUCUCUGGUUUAAUAGCUGCCACUGAGGAGGGCUUCAGAACGCUUCAGCAGGGCUCCGUUCUGGACCUUGCGUUUAACCCUCAGCACUGGCGUGAUGCUGGGCUGUGGGAGGAUCCCUGUAUACGGAUUGGCUGGAUCCAGGGCUUGAGAAACAUGCUGCAGCAUUCGAAGUCUCUCACUUUCUUUGUACAAGCAGAUUUCAUCGUGCCGCUCCUACAGCUUCAGACAGACUCAAGUCUGUUUGUUGCCUCCGCUGCAAACCAAAUGCUCGCCCACACCCUGCUCUUCUUUCAGCCAAGAUGUAACGGUACAUUUGAGGAUCACAGGAAAGACAAGAGGACACAAACCUCCAUCACAGACGUAGAGCCCUCCAGCCAAGAUUACGCUGCUGUGCUCGUGACGAUCUCGAAGUUCCUCAAGGAGUCGCUGGUUCCCAAAGAAAAAACUCGGCUCCAUCAGAGUGAGCAGAUUCUCAAACUGCUGGCUCUGCUCCUGGCUCGGGCCAGGCAGCCUCUCCGGGACAAGGUGCUCGGGGCAGUCGCAGACUCUCUGGAGGAGCUGGUGACAGCAGGAUACAGUCAACUCACCCUCCCUCUGAUGGACAUCAUUCUGGCUGCAUACAGCAGCUCCGGCACUGAUGACUGUGUCCCAGACCAACGUGUCACUCGUCUUCUGUCCUCCAUGCUCAACGUGAGCAAACCGUCUGACCUCAUUGGUGCAGCAGCUGCUUUUCUCCGCGGAGGUCAUCAUCAUCAAGACACCGUCCACACAGCUCAGGCUGUGAGAAUACUACUGCUGCCCCUCCACAUUAUAACUGGUCACACUCUCCUGGGCACAAACGCUGCAGAAGUGCAUCAGUAUUCAAUUGCAGAACAGCUGAAGAUUAAAACACCCUGCAUCUCUAUGAUCUGUGUGUGUCUGAGCAACACGCCACCGAUCACACUCAUGCCUCCUGACUUACUCCCCUGUCCUCCGGUUUUAAUCAUCACUGCAGUUCUGUCAUUGUUAAGGAUCGGCAGUGGCGACUGUUCCUCCUCAUCCUCUGGCUGUUCUGAGGUUUUCAGGAACCUUGUUGGUUCUGGAAAAGUUCAGAAAUGUGCUUUAGAGGUUCUGACGGGUCUCAGCAGCAGCCCAGGAAUGAAAGACAAACUGACUGAGGUUGUCACAGUUCUGAUUCAGUAUCUGAACAAUCCUGACUCUGACCCCACUGUGAUACACAAGUCGUACCAGGCCUUAUUAAAGUGGAUGAGUGUGUGUGAAGACCUCUCCUCGUUAACAGAGAAGCUCAGAAAAGAUGUCAUCAACGUCGUGAAGAAACGUGCGUGCGACAUGCGCUGGGAGGUGAGAGACUCAACUGUGGAGUUUCUGGGAAAACUGGCAAGUGUCCUGAAACCAGACGAGGAAAUGUGCAACGCUUUGCUGGCCGGCUGCUGGAGCACUCCUCUCCUCAGGGAGGCGCUGCAGGACCCAGAGAGUUACGUGCGAGCCAGUGCCAUAUCUGCACUGGCACAGACACUGGAACACAGCUGGCACCAGGGGGCAGCGGUCACACAGGGGCAGACUGACGUUGUGACCCGGCUACUUGAAAUUCUCUCACAAGACACAGAGGGAUUCGCCCGGAGAGCAGUUGUGCAAUAUUUCAUCGCCUGGUUCUCUUCACUUGCCUCCCACACGUCUCCUCUGUCGUCUCCCUCCUCCUCCUCCUCUCUGCGGAUGAACUCUGUGAGCUCCGUCCUCUCUCUAGGCAGCGCUGAUCUGGACUGGGAGGUCAAAGUUCACACUCUGGAGCUGGCCGAGCUGCUGAUGGAUAAAGCCUGUUCAGGCCACCGGGGUUACACGAAGGGCUCAGAGACGCCUCCCGCUCUGCUUCACCAUUACGCUUCGGUUUCUGAUCAGACUCGUGCGCUUCACACACACACUGGGACACACGGAGAGGGGGUGGAGUCAGAUUUGGCCAGUGCGUUGAGUAACCUGGUCGAGCAGGGAGUCGUCUCGGCUUUGUUGAGCGGUCUGGUCGACUGCGAUAGACCCGUGGGUCUGAAGGCCUGUCAGCUGCUGAUCACGCUCAGAGAGACUGUCUGCCCUCUGUCGCUAGAGCCACUGGAUGCCACUCCUGCCCCGGCAACCGUCGCCAAGGUGACCUGUGAACUGCCAGGAUGCAGCUGGGGCCGGGAGAUCAGAAAAAUACCGGGAAUGAAGGGGUUUGAUCGGGUUAAAGAGGCAGACAUCGCCCAUGGGGCACGUUGUGGUGAGGUCGGGAAGGAAGGAGCGAGCGAGAGCGGCGACAGCGUGUGUGUCGGUGUGUGUGAAAUGCUGAGGUCUCUGGGUUUGGACGAGAAACUGGACAUACUGAGUCAAAGCAGUGACCACGUCCACAACUCUCCUCUCUCUCUGCUGCAGGACAUAUUGACUGCGAGCGCCGCACACACUCAUCAAGACACAGAACAAGGACAGGAAGUUAUAGUGGACUGUUACUGACACACAUACACAAACACGCUGCCAUUGGUUUGUUAUCAGUGAUGGACAACACACUCUGAACUACAUGUGCCUCCCUGUUGUUGUGAUUAGAGCCACACAGGACUUUUUGGGGACAGAUGCUGAUACAGAUUUCCACUAUAUAUAUAU